AUGUUUCCCAGCCACAGCAGCACGUCCACUCCCUUCUCUGUAAAGGAUAUAUUAAACCUGGAGCAGAGUCAUGACGUUACGGUGUCUUCUUUGGACUUUUCUUCUCGUAUGGACUGCUGUACCGUGCCGACCUCCUCCUCCUCCUCCUCCUCCCCCUCCUCUUCCUCCUGCAUGCUGGCCAGCCUGAAGCAGGAGCCUCUCCGGGACAUGUCGUCCGCCGCCGCCUCGCUGUUUGGAGAAGACCUCCACGAGUCCAGAGCCGGCAGAGGCAAUGCACAGAACUUUGCCACUGCCAUGUAUGGGAAGUCCCUCGUGGAGAUGGAUAUAGUUAAACAUGGGGAAUCAGACGCGUUUGAGGCGAAACGCAGAAAAGAGUUCAGUCUUCUGAACGAGCCCCUGGAGGACAUCAAACCCGAAGACCCGGACCGAGCCAAGCCCCGGAGACGCAGGAAACCGCGGGUCCUCUUUUCGCAGGCGCAGGUGUACGAGCUGGAGCGCCGCUUCAAGCAGCAGAGGUACCUGUCCGCCCCGGAGAGAGACCACCUAGCCGGGGCGCUCAAACUCACCCCGACCCAGGUGAAGAUCUGGUUCCAGAACCGGAGGUACAAGUGCAAGCGGCAGAGGCAGGACCAGAGCCUGGAGAUGGUGUCUCUGCCGCCGCCCAGGAGGGUGUCGGUGCCGGUGCUGGUGCGGGAUGGGAAGCCUUGCCUGGCGGCCGACACAGCCACCUACAACCCCUCCUACAGCAUGGGUCACAUCGGCCAUUUCUCCUAUAACAACUAUCCAGCUUUCAGUAACUACACCGGCGCCGGCUGCAACACUAACUAUGCGUGUAAUUAUCCUGCAGCCACAAUGCAAACGAUGCAAGGGUCCCCCAGCAACGGGAAUUACAUGAACUUUGGGGUCGGGGACCUGAAUAAUGUCCAGAACACAUUUUCCUCCAGUAAUGGGGUGUCUUCGUUACAUGGCAUUAGGACAUGGUAA